GCCGCGUAUGAUGCAAUGGUUUACAGUUACAAACAUGGUUUCUCUGGCUUCGCAGCCAAGCUCACAGAGUCUCAAGCACAAAAGAUUGCAGAAUUACCUGGAGUUGUUCGUGUUAUACCCAAUGGCUUUCACACACUGCAAACAACCAGGAGUUGGGAUUACCUUGGCCUCUCUUUAUGUAAUCCUACCAAUCUUCUGUACGACUCCAAUAUGGGCGAUGGAGUUAUCAUUGGUAUCCUUGACACAGGUGUGUGGCCAGAGUCAGAAAUGUUCAGUGACAAGGACCUUGGGCCUAUACCGUCACGCUGGAAGGGUCGGUGUGACUCCGGAGAUCACUUUAAUGCCACAACAGACUGUAACAGGAAAUUGAUAGGAGCCCGGUGGUUCAUUGAUGGUUUUCUUGCUCAAAAGCAGCCUUUCAACACUUCUGAUAACCCAGAAUAUUUGUCCCCUAGAGAUGCAGCAGGACAUGGCACACACGUGUCCACCACUGCCGGUGGUUCCUUCGUGGUCAGUGCAAACUACAAAGGUCUUGGCCAAGGGAUAGCAAGAGGUGGUGCACCCCGGGCUCGUUUGGCCAUGUACAAGGUGUGCUGGAAUGUACCAACAGGGAUGUGUUCAGCUGCUGAUAUGCUAAAAGGAUUUGAUGAAGCAAUACAUGAUGGGGUUGAUGUCAUAUCUGUGUCUCUUGGUGGUAGUGGUAAAUUUCCGGACGUUGAUGAGCGCAAUGUGAUUGCCACUGCUUCAUUCCAUGCUGUGAUGAAGGGUAUUACAGUUGUUUGCGGAGCUGGAAAUGAUGGUCCUGCUGCUCAGACAGUUCUGAACACAGCGCCCUGGAUCUUGACCGUUGCAGCUAGCACAAUGGAUAGGUCAUUUCCGACACAAAUUACACUAGGAAACAACAAAACCAUAUUGGGUCAAGACAUGUCUACAGGGAAGGAAAUUGGUUUCACAGGCUUAGUGUAUCCAGAGUCCCCAGGACUCCAUCCAACACCUCCUGGUGCUUGUGAAUCUCUUUCGCUUAGUAACACUUCAGUGGUAGGAAAAGUGGUUCUGUGCUUCACAUCAGUGGCCAGCCGGAUACCAGUGGCAAAAGCUUCAUCAGUUGUUAGAGCAGCCGGUGGGCUUGGGGUCAUCGUUGCCAAGAAUCCCAGCAAUAUCUUGGCUCCGUGCAGCAAUGACUUCCCGUGUAUUGUUGUGGAUUAUGAACUUGGAACAAAGAUACUAUUCUACAUUCGUUCCACAAGUUCUCCCAUGGUGAAAUUAAGCCCUUCAAGGACACAAAUUGGGAAACCUGUGUCGACCAAAAUUGCAUAUUUUUCAUCUAGAGGCCCUAGCUCCAUUGAACCAGCCAUUUUGAAGCCAGAUAUAGCUGCACCUGGGGUGAAUAUAUUAGCAGCUAGUUCUCCCUUAGAUACUACGAUGGAUGGUGGAUUCGCAUUUUAUUCAGGAACAUCAAUGGCAACUCCUCAUGUCUCAGGCAUUGUGGCGCUCCUCAAAGCAUUGCACCCCAAUUGGUCCCCUGCUGCUAUUAAAUCGGCAAUAGUCACAACUGCAUGGAAAACAGAUCCAUCUGGAGAGCCUAUCUUUGCUGAGGGGUCUCCCCGAAAGCCUUCUGAUCCAUUUGAUUAUGGAGGUGGCCUUGUGAACCCACACAGGGCUGCAUAUCCUGGUCUGGUAUAUGACAUGGACAUGGAUGACUACAUACAUUAUCUCUGUGCCGUGGGCUACAACGACUCGGCUAUAUCUCAGCUUGUAGGUCAAUCCAAAAUGUGUCCUAAUACAAAGCCCUCCAUCCUGGAUGUGAAUCUACCUUCCAUCACCAUUCCAAGUCUGAAAGACACUGUCACCAUCACUAGGAGUGUCAAAAAUGUAGGACCACUUACCUCCAUUUAUAAACCACUGAUUCAGACUCCACUUGGAAUAACUGUAGCUGUAGAACCUGAUGUUCUGGUUUUCAACUGCACCACCAACACCAUCUCCUACAAGGUUGAAGUCUCCUCCACCAACCGGGUGAACACGGGAUACUAUUUUGGAAGCCUGACUUGGACAGAUGGGGUGCACAUGGUGACAAGUCCCAUAUCUGCGAGGACACAGAUCAUUCCAUCUUAUACUGAUGACAAUUGAAAGUAUCUGUGCAUCUUCAGUUCUCAUGAUGUAGCUUACCAGAAUAACAACAGACGAGGAUAGACAGUUGCACAGUCAUGAUUGUCCAAAACAUUCCUCUUACUAGUAAGCUGAUGGGAUCUUGUAUCAUUUUACUUCCUCGUCUGUUUUUUAUUCUACAUGUUAAUCGAUUUUAUUCUCAACAAAUGAAUGAAGUCAUACAAUAUGUAGAAUUUGCUAAUUAAAGUUUGCACAGAUCGUUUACGUUAAUCUGAUACUUGUAUU